GCUACUUCAUUGUGGCCUUUGCAUUCCAUCCGCCAAGUAUUCACGCUGCCCGACUGCCGCCGGCCCCAAACAACGCAUGUACCAAGUGCUGGUGGGCUUCACGCCCUUCCCAGCCGGGCCGCCGCCCAUGCCCCGCCCCGGCGGCGCCGCUGCGCCCGGUGCUCCAGAGCCCGCCGACGCCCUUUGCUUCCCCUCCAGCGUCAGUGAGUCGGCCCGCGCGUUCGUGCGGGACUGCCUGCGGCUGCACCCCGGCGACCGACCCACGGUCCGGCAGCUGCUGAACCACAACUGGCUGGGUGCUCAGGGCACCGCACCGGUGAGUGUGUGCUAGCGACCCGCUGGGAAGGGCGGCAGUAGAGGCUUUUGUAAAUGGAGAAGAAA